GAGAAAGUAAAGAGUGGGAAAAAAAUGGUAUGAUUCUGAUGUUUUUAAUGAAAAUCUGGAGAAAAUGUUUAGCAUAUUGAAAGGUGGCUAAGGAGCAUCCAGCUAUGUCAUUAAUUCUCUGAUAGCAGUGUAGAUUCUUGAGACAGAUUUGGAAUUAAAUUAAUUAUUUUCCAAAUUUUUAAUCAACAGAAUAAAAGGAAAGAAAAUAAUGCGAAUUAAGAAUUUACCAAAAUUAAUUUAGAAAAAUUGCUAUAAAUUAGACCCCUGUGAAUUGAUCGAGAGAACAAAACACAGCACCAGGAGUACAGAGAAAGUAAAGAGUGGGGAAAAAAAUGGCUCCUACAGGGUAUAAUUCUGAUGUUUCUAAUAAAAAUCUGGAGAAAAUGUUUAGCAUGAAAGGUGGCAAAGAAGAAUCCAGCUAUGUCAAUAAUUCUCAGGCUCAGGCUCAACAUGCUCGAUCGAUGCUUCAUCUUCUGAAAGAAACCCUAGAUUUAGUACAGCUGAAUUCCCCGGAAAUUCCCUUUGUUGUUGCAGAUUUAGGAUGUUCAUGUGGGAGCAACACUAUAUACAUGAUUGAUGUAAUUAUCAAGCACAUAACAAAGCGCUACGAGGCCACCGACUACGAGCAGCCGCCGGAAUUUUCAGCCUUUUUUUCCGAUCUUCCGUCUAAUGACUUCAACACUCUCUUUCAACUUCUACCGCCAUAUGGCGGUGGUAGCAUGGAGGAAUGCUUAGCUUCCGACAGUCACCGCUCUUACUUUGCUGCCGGAGUACCUGGAUCGUUUUACCGGCGUCUCUUUCCGGCGAAAUCUGUUGAUGUUUUCUAUUCUGCAUUUUCUUUGCACUGGCUCUCUCAGGUUCCGGAUAUAGUGUUGGAUAAGAGAUCGACGGCGUACAACAAAGGAAGAAUUUUCAUCCAUGGAGCAAAUGAAAGCACAGCCACUGCUUACAAGAAACAAUUCCAGGGUGAUUUAGCAGGGUUCUUAAGAUCAAGAUCGAAAGAAAUGAAAAGAGGAGGGUCCAUGUUCUUAGUUUGCCUGGGAAGGACUUCUUUGGACCCUACCGACCAAGGUGGGGCCGGCCUUCUCUUUGGGACCCAUUUUCAAGAUGCUUGGGAUGAUCUUGUUCAAGAGGGACUGAUUACUAGUGAGAAAAGGGACAACUUCAAUAUUCCGGUGUAUGCACCAAGCCUACAUGACUUCAAGGAGGUUGUCGAGGCCGAUGGUUCAUUUAUCAUUAACAAGCUUGACGUUUUCAGAGGAGGAAGCCCUCUUGUGGUUAACCAACCUGAUGAUGCGGCUGAGAUAGGUCGUGCGUUAGCCAAUAGCUGCAGGAGCGUUAGUGGGGUCCUAGUUGAUGCACACAUAGGCGAUCAACUGAGCGAGGAGCUGUUCGAUCGAGUCGCGCACCGAGCCUCAAGCCAAGCUAAAGAGCUACUGGAACAGCUUCAAUUCUUCCAUAUAGUUGCAUCUCUGUCUCUAGCUUAGUGCGAGAAAAUCUUUAAAAAAAAACAAAAAAUGUCUUGAUAAAAGAAGAGUACAAUGUCUGUCUACUCUUUUUGGUGUUUGUGUGUUUAUUGCUGACUGAUAGUCACCUUUCAUCCUAGACUGUUCGGUGUAAUUUUGGUGUUCCCUUAAUCCAAGCCAAGUAAAUAAAGUAGGUGAAACUUUGUCAA